AUGUCCAGCCCUGCCAAAAAGCGCAAAAGAGAGGCUCCAGAAUCAACCCCACAGCGUUUUCGGAGCAUAGCGUCAUUCUUCCAGGGCCAAGCCAACAAACAAGCCGAGAAGACGCAACGGAUUGUUGACUCUGCUACUGAAAAUGCAGCAGAAGAAACACUAUCCGACGAAGCCUUUGCUCGCAAGCUCCAAGCGGAGUUCGAUAAAGAGGAUACUGCGCCGGCCGUUGAGCCUGAGGUUCCGGAUUAUAGGCCUAUCCAGGAACCUUACGCCUCGAUAGAGACAGAUCGGGGACCGCCAAGCAAAGUCCCCAAAAAGAAUACAAUUUCGUUGCAGUCCUCUGUUGGGACAGAGGAUACAAUAAGUCUUUCCAUCCCUUUUGACCAGAGUCCGUUGACGUUCGACUCCACCAAAUGCGCGGCAGAGUUGCAGGUCCAUUGGGCUACGGAGGGUGGAAACGCCUCAUACGCCCUGCUGACCAGAGCAUUUGUGUUGGCAAAUGCAACGACUAGUCGAAUCAGGAUUGUUGAUACUUUGGUCAAUUUCCUUCGAGUUCUGAUCGAAGGCGAUCCUUCCAGUGUUUUACCAGCAGUCUGGCUGGCGACCAACUCGAUUUCGCCGCCAUACGACGAAUUAGAACUUGGCUUGGGAGGCUCCGCGAUAUCGAAAGCACUGAAGAAGGUCUACGGGCUCAAUCCUUAUGGGCUCAAAAGUCUCUACGACAAGUAUGGAGAUGCUGGCGACGUGGCUUUCGAGGCAAAGAAAAGACAGAGCUUCACCUUAAUGAAGCCCAAGCCUCUGACAAUUAAAGGUGUCUAUCAAUCGCUGAGGAAGAUUGCGAUGAGCAAAGGGAGUGGCAGUCAGGAGUCCAAGCAAAGAAUUGUGGAGAAACUCCUACAAGACACUCGAGGAGCGGAAGAGAGUCGGUAUAUUGUACGAACGCUGGUGCAAAAUUUGCGAAUCGGGGCUGUCAAAACAACGAUGCUUAUCGCGCUGGCUCGAGCCUUUCUAUACUCAAAGCCUGAAGGCGCAGAAUUUACGAUCCGUUCACGACAAGAUUUAUCACGACUAAAGAAGGAGGAACUGGCCGAAAUUUACAACAGGGCGGAAGAAAUCGUGAAGGCAUCUUAUGCCAGGCAUCCAAACUACAACGACUUAGUCACAUGCUUACUUGAAAUCGGAGUUACCGAAGAACUUCUUCCGCGGUGCGGCCUGCAGCUUCAUGUGCCUCUGAGACCCAUGUUGGGCAGUAUCACGAGAGAUCUCUCUGAAAUGCUAACAAAGCUGCAAGGACGGGAUUUUAGUUGUGAGUACAAAUAUGAUGGGCAGCGUGCACAGAUGCACUGCGACCAGAAGGGGAAAGUAUCGAUAUUUUCUCGCCAUUUGGAAAAUAUGACGGAGAAAUACCCAGACCUUGUGUCCUUGGUCCCGCAAAUCAGAGGAGAGGGCGUCUCUAGCUUCAUAUUGGAAGGAGAGGUUGUCGCGGUAGACAACAAAACCGGUGAACUCCAGACGUUCCAAGUCCUGACGAAUCGGGCAAAGAAGAAUGUGGAGAUAGGAGCAAUCAACAUCAAUGUUUGCCUUUUCGCGUUCGACUUGAUGUAUCUAAACGGCGAGCCACUAUUGGAUCGGCCUUUCCGCGAACGCAGAGAGUUGUUGCGCAGCCUAUUCGUGGAGAUCCCAAACAGAUUCACUUGGGUCAAAAGCCUUGAUGCCACGUCCGCGGACUCCGAGACGGUCUUGGAGUUCUUCAAAAGCGCCCUGGGGAACAAAUGCGAAGGAAUCAUGGUCAAGGUGCUUGACAAUGUACCCAAGGCAAACCUUGAACAGAAUAAGGAGGCCUCGACGAGCAACGGCAUGGACAUGACGAGCGGGGAACCGCUCGAAAAGGCGGGCAAAGGCGGCAGACGAAAGGCGCUCUUAUCAACAUAUGAACCAGACAAGCGGCUCGAGUCGUGGCUCAAAGUCAAGAAGGACUACAAUACCUCGUCCGAGACUCUAGAUCUGAUCCCCAUCGCCGGCUGGCACGGACAAGGCCGAAAAGCAAAAUGGUGGUCCCCUAUUCUGAUGGCCGUCCGCAACCCAGAAACGGGCAGCCUCGAAGCAGUCACAAAAUGCAUGUCCGGCUUCACGGACAAGUUCUACCAGGCGAACAAGGACAAGUACUCCGAGGGAACGCCCAACGUCAUCUCCCGGCCUGCCUAUGUCGAGUACUACGGCGAACCCGACGUCUGGUUCGAACCGCAGGAGGUUUGGGAGAUGGCGUUUGCCGAUAUCACCUUGAGUCCGACGUACACGGCAGCCAUCGGCUUAGUGAGUGAAGAGCGGGGACUGAGCCUCCGGUUUCCCCGAUUUCUCAAAGUAAGAGAAGACAAAUCAAUAGACGAAGCCACCACAUCGGACUAUCUGGCUCUCCUGUGGCGGAAGCAGGCCGAACGGAAGAGAGAAGAGGAGCAGCACCUCGUCAAGGACACAGAGCAACUAGGUUGGCAAGAAGAGUAG